AUGAGUGAUAAACUCUACGAGAGUCAAGCGUGUGGGAAAACAUUUAGUCGUCUUGGAAAUAUGAAGAACCACAAAAUGGUGCAUACUGAUCUUAAACCUCGCACUUGUCUCGAAUAUGGUGAAAGUUUCUGCCAAACUGGAACUCUGAAAAAACUCAAGAGGGCAAAUUUGGGUAGUAAAUCAUAUGAGUGUUUUGAGUGCGGAGAAACGUUCAGCCGAAUAAAAAAUUUAAAGAAACACAAAAUGAUGCACAAAGGUGAAAAGCCCUUUAGCUGUGAUGUUUGUGGAAAGAAUUUCAGUACCCGUCGAAAUAUAAUUAGGCACUUGUUAGUACACUCUGGUGAGAAAUCCCACGAGUGUUCAGAGUGUGGGAAAAGAUUCUCUCGAUAUGACCUUUUGAAGAAACACAGAAUUGUGCAUACGAGAGAUAAACCCGAGUGUCCAGAGUGUGGGAAAAAAAUCGGUGCACUUGGAACUAUGAAGAAACACAUGAUGGUGCACACGGGUGAAAAGCCUCAUAGGUGUAAUGUGUGUGGGAAAAAUUUGAGUAGUCGUAGCAGUCUAAAUGAUCACAUGUUAAUGCAUACUGGAGAAAAACCUUUCAAGUGUGAUGAGUGUGGAAAAAGUUUCAGGUAUCGUAGCCAUAUAGUUAGGCACAUAAUAGAGCAUUCUGGUGAGAAACCUUACGAGUGUCUAGAGUGUUGUAAAAAAUUCUUUCGAAACGGACAUUUGAAGAGCCACCGAAGAGUGCAUACUAGAGAAAAAUUUCAAGACUGA